AUGGAACAAAAUUUACCAGUUGUGGCAAGAAAGUUAUGGAGCUUGGUACGUGUGCUCUUCAUGCUCAGGAAGAACAUAUCAAAGAGAAAACUUUUGCUCGAUCUCAACAUGAUGAUGAAGCAUGGCAAAGUCGCCGGCAAGGCCUUACAGAACCUCAUGCUCCACCACCACCGUAACUGGUCCUCCUCCGCCUUCAACCGCCGCUCACAGUCACACGACUCAUCCAACUUCACCUUCCCUCCCCCACAAACCGACGAGUACGAAUUCAGCUGCACCAACAGCCCAGCCUACCCAGUACUCUCUCUCUUAUCCACCAACAAGAAACCGAAACACCAUUACAAAAAGUCAUCAGCAAAGAAGUCCACCGCAGAGAACAACAACCACGAAGAUAUAAUCAUCGAUGCAGCGGUUAUCAAAGUCCUGCAUGAGAUGUUGACCAGCGCCACCGCAUCUCCGGCGCUUCCUGGAUUUGGGAAAAGUCCGAUGGUUAGGCAGUUGAGGGUAACGGACUCACCGUUUCCGUUAAGUAACGGGGAUGAGGAUAGCUACGUGGAUGAGGCUGCUGAGAAAUUCAUAAUGAAGUUUUAUAACAAUUUGAGGCGGCAAACUUAA